AUGGGAACUGAUCAAGAGAAGCAUCAGAAUGAGGAGGAGCAAGAUGUUGCUGUAUGUUCAAGUCCAGGAGCAGGUGACAAGGUUGAACACUCAAUAGGAAUAGUUGAAGAAACUAACAUUUUUCAACAUUGGAAGCGGAGAAAUCUCUUUCUAGAGAUACCCUCAAGAACAUUGGAAGACUCCUCACAGAAUUCUGUUGCAAUCAGGAUGCCCCCAAUGCCUAGUCCAACUCCUAGGAAAGUAAAUUUUCUCUUGACACCAAGUUCUGUGGAUGCAAGAGCCAGUGGUUCCCCAGGCCCCUCCUUAUCAAAAGGCAGAUCAUCCUUAAAAAGUUUGUUACCUAAACUAAGCUUCAAGUCUCGAAUUUCUACUUUAGAUAUUGAAAAAGUGGCCAACCUAGCUCCAGAUGCUUCAACUACUGUACCACGGGAGAAACCUUCAAUCUCAAGGUCAUUGUCACUUUCAAAGAUUUUCACCCCUAGGAUGAAGCAAACGUCAUCACUACCUGUAACACCAAUUGCAACUUCUAACGCAGAAUCUGCAGGCAGGGGAAGCAAUGGUAGCAUGCUUAAUUUAAGUAGGAAAGGAACACAGCGGCAGAUAUCUCGCUCACUUUCAGUUCCUGUUAAUAAUAAAGAAAGAAGCAUAAGGAGGAUGGACUCUUUUUUCCGCAUGAUUCCUUCAACUCCUCGAGUGAAGGAAGAAGAUACAAUAACAAAUGUAUCUCCAAGUGUUGAUGCUGUUAGUUUGGAUCUUGAGAAGAAGGGAUGCAAGCAAAAUCUCAAUUACACUGGCAUUUCUAUAUCCAAUGAUACAGAAAGCAAUGGUGUUGAUGGUGAAGACAUACCCGAAGAAGAGGCUGUUUGUAGAAUUUGUUUGGUUGGCUUGUGCGAAGGUGGAGAGACCCUUAAGAUGGAGUGCAGCUGCAAAGGUGAACUUGCUCUUGCCCAUCAAGAUUGUGCUGUAAAAUGGUUUAGCAUAAAAGGCAACAAGACCUGUGAUGUGUGCAAGCAAGAGGUUCAGAAUCUGCCUGUGACUUUGUUACGAAUCCCAGGUGUCCAUGCUAGAAUGACUGGAGCAAGUAGAGCUCACCAGGAAGAUGUUAAUGGCUACAGGCAAGUCAAUUUUCUGGUUGGAAAGAUGGGCAUUGGUGCAAUUGCUAUAUCCCUUCCAUUUUCUUGCGUACUGGGCCUUCUCUCAUCCAUGAUCUCGGCAACCAUGGGUAAGCUGGUCGUCAAUGUGCAAGCAGUUCUAUCCAUUCUCCUGGCAACAUUUUCUGGAUUUGGCGUAGCAAUGAGUGGGAGUUCCAUCCUUGUUGAGUUCUUGAGAUGGAAACGAAGAUGGUACAGACAGCAAGAGCAGCAGCAUCGUUCCCAAGUGAUUACUGGGCCAGGCCCUAUUUGA